AUGAAGCUCAGGGUCCGGAAACACGAACCAGGCUUCGACCCACAAGCGCCAUUCGGCCAAAUGGUCACCGGGGAUAACCAUUUUGUUCGAGAGGUGCCGCUCCUCAUUCAUUGUGUCAAAGAGGUGCCGCUGCUUGCGGACAUUUCAGUGGUUUGUGGGCCAUGCUGGAAGCAGAUGUGUCAUAGGGUGCUUACAUGGGGUGACACGGGGAUUUAUAGCCGCAGAUGGGAAGCCAUGCUGGCUGCGAAGACGUUCGAGGAGCUCGAUGCCGCGAUAGAUCUCGUACCCGACCCAGCUCCGACUACAGCAGAGCUAACUAGUGAGAAUUACGAUAUCUACAAUCGAGGACUACUCACACAUACAACAAACGACCACAAGGAUCACACCACAGCCUUCAAAUAUCACUUCAAACACGCAUACAAGUUACCUAUCCUUCAGGGGGCCAGGACAUGCUAUGUUUGCACCGAGGGCAUGCAUUUUGCGCACAUGAACAGAUCCACCGUCGAUCCCAGCAACGACAAAUGGGCUCUUAUUGAGGCUUGCACCAAUUUCGAGGAGCUGAAGGCGAUUCUUUGGCCACCGCCGGUCGCAGUCAAUGGGAGCUGUCCGAUCUGCCGGCGAGCAUACGAGGCUCGUGGCCCCGGCAACCACAGCAGCGUAGGCUCAGGACGGCAUGAGUACACAGGCCUUGAGAAACUCGCCAGCGUAUCGCCGGUGACCAUCCAAGGCAGCACAUGUAUGAGAUGCUACCUACACCUUAUUGACGUGCGAAGCCGCUUCCGCACACUCCCAGCAUCGGCAUAG